AUGGAGACAGAUGAUCAGGCUGCUCUUGGAGGUGCGAGCCCCAAACCUGUGGUUUGCUUCCUAGGGCCGACAUCGUCAUAUACACAUCAGGCUACGAUGCAGGUUUUUCCGGCGGACCAAUUCAACUUGAUGCCUGUGACAACUAUCAAGGAUAUCUUCGACACAACGCAAUCAGGCGGUGCAACCUACGGGGUGGUUCCCUUUGAAAACUCGACCAAUGGGUCUGUGGUGUUCACGCUGGACAAUUUCGCGGAUAGGUCAAAUUUGUACGGAGACUUGAAUGUCUGCCGAGAAAUAUAUCUAGAUGUACACCACUACCUGGUUGGCUACAUUGCGCCGCAGCCACCAGCUCCACACCACCCUUCUUCCACCCCCACGUCCGUUGAUGCUCACGCCCAAGAGUCGGGGGUGGACGAAGAAGCAGGUGAUGGUGGGCAGCGAGACAAGACAAAACGGUCUCAACCCUUACACCCUAUUUCGCAUGUGCGCCGCGUGUAUAGCCAUCCGCAGGCCUUCGGGCAGUGCACAGAAUUCAUGGGGUCCUGGCUCCGCGGCAUUGAGACUGUCGACGUGAGCAGCACGAGCCGCGCAGCCGAGCUCGCGCUCGCAGACUCGACGGGCGAGAGCGCAGCUAUCAGCUCUGCCGUCGCCGCAGAACAACUAGGUCUCGACGUUCUGGCGCAGAACAUCGAGGACCGCGACGACAACACGACGCGGUUCUUCGUGCUUCGGAAAGGAGUCGAUGGGGGUGCCGGGGUUUUUGCACCCACUGCAUCGAGAAACGCGUCGCCCACCGCCCUAAAUACGCAAAGGGAUAAUGAAGAAGAAGAUGAUGCUGAACUAUUAUCUCGUACUAAAUCCCUCCUCUCCUUUACCGUGCCGCAUCGCAGCCCGGGAGCCCUCGCAGAUGUGCUCUCGUGUUUCCGACGAGGCGGUCUGAACUUGACGAGUAUUAACAGCCGUCCUAGCCUCGCGGGCGCCGCGGCCUUCGAGUACAUAUUUUUUGUCGAAUUCGAGGGCCACCGCUUCCGGGACCCGAGGGCCCGCGUCGCGCGCGUGUUGGAAGAUGUUGCAGCUGUUGCGAGAACGUCGCGGUGGCUGGGUAGUUGGGAGAAUAUGGCUAAGUAA